CGCAGAUUCCACGAGGCGUUUUAGUCACAAAGUAUAACAGUGACGGCAAAAGGAAACACAGCCUCCUUUUACUAAGCGGAUAGAAUUAUUCACUAUGAAGUUCAACACGGACGUAUCCUCGUCCCGCCGAAAAUGCCGAAAGGCUCACUUCGCUGCCCCCUCAUCAGUGAGACGCACUCUUAUGAGCGCUCCCCUCUCCAAGGAGUUGCGAACUAAGUACAACGUCCGAUCCAUCCCCGUUCGCAAGGAUGACGAGGUUACAGUUACACGUGGACGCUUCAAGGGACAGUCCGGCAAGGUCACUGCCGUGUACCGUAAGAAAUGGGUUCUUCAAAUCGAACGUCUUAAUCGUGAGAAGGCGAACGGCAUGAGUGUACCCGUCGGUAUCGAUGCGUCCAAGGUCGAGGUGAACAAGCUUUCACUGGAUAAGGAUCGAAAGGCUAUCCUUGAGCGCAAGAACCGUGACACUAAGGAGUAAAUAGGAUAUAAUAAUAUAUGACUAUUAAAUUCACAUUCUGCCAAAUAUCGCGUGGUGUUGCUGGAUAUUGCCACGAGGUUUGGUUUUCUAGGUGGAUGUGUGCGUGUGAUAUACUUGUGAUACCACAAUUUACUUUAUCUUAUGAACACAAAUAUAUUUGGC